AUGAAGAUCCUCAUCGUCGGCGCGAGCGGGUCCAUUGGAAGUGAAGUCCUCCUUCACUGCCUCGCUCACCCAGACAUCUCGAGCGUAAUCGCGUUCGUACGUCGGGAUCUACCUGCCGACAUAUCUGGCCACCCGAAGCUCGAAUGUGUUAUAAUCAAAGACUUCUUAAAAUGGCCAGAAGACAUAUUACAGGCGCACUCGGAUGCUGUAGGUAUGCUUUGGAACAUGGGAACCAAUACAGGGAACAUACCCCCUGACUUGGAGUACCCCCUGGCCUUCGUAGAAAGCAUGGGACGAGUGCUGGAAACGAAGCCCGAUAGACCCCUUUUUAAAUACGUCCAUCUAAGCGGUAAAUUCGUCCGUCAGAACCAAGAAGAGAAGUUAUGCUUUCUGGAAGAAGCGCGCAAGAUGAAGGGCCGGCUCGAGACUAAAACCCUCGCAUUCGCAGAGAACCACACUACCAUAUGGAAGACUUUCAUGGUUAGGCCGGGAGCCGUUGUAACUAAGGGGAUGAUGGUUCCUGGCAUAAUCGCUGGAGUGUUAGGCGAGAAUCUGAGUGUCAGAGUUGAAACAUUGGCUGCAUUUAUGACAUAUCUUGCUAUUGAUGGUCAGGGGGAAGACUCCAGCAUUGAAAAUACGCGUAUAGCGAGAAAAGGGAGGGAGUUAUUAGAGGAUUUGGAGUUACGGGGAAAUGGCACUAACCCUCAAUAG